GCAAUAGAUCAACCUAUUUUUCUCUACCAAUGAAUCAAUGAUAAAUAUUGCUGUAGAAUGCACUGGACGUAGAUGACUCGUACUUGCUGUUUCUAUAUUACACUCCUCCGCAAAUCACAUGUAUUUGGCCGACGUCUUCAUGCGCCGACGGCGGCGGCGUCCUGCGUCUCACGGGCGUCCACGUCAUGGACCAUGGCGGGGUCGUGAGUGUCGUGAUGAGCUCAGCCAAUCACCACCGAAAGGUGCGGGGGUUCAUUCUAGAGGACACUCUCAUGUGCUGCGCGCCUGCAUUCCCCAUCGGGUACUGCCAAGUAUUUGUAUCGUUUAACGACCAGCAGUACACCAAGUGCUCGUUUCGCUGUCGCCAGUCGUCGUUUCUGUACUUCCGGUCGCCCGCCAUCUCUCAUGUAUCGCCAGUUUGCUCGCCUUCCCACGUCGGAUCGACCGUUUUGAUCAGCGGCAUCGAGCUUAUCGACACGGGAACCAUCCAACUUCGGUUCACAUAUGCGGAUGAUCGCGAUGCUCGCCAAGUGACACAGUUUGUACCUGGCAAGCUCAACCAAGAUGGAGCGAUCGUGUGCCAGACACCCGUGCUCAACGUCUCUCAGUCUGUGGUGUACAGUCGGCUGGAUUUGAGUCUCAACGGCUGCGAAUACACGAACGUGGGCCGUCCAUUCUACUUCUUUUCCCAGCAUAAACUCACCAAAGUCGAGCCAAGCGGGAUGGCACUCGAGCUCCCGACCUCCCAGCGCCUCUAUCUGAGUCCGGAGAUCGUCAGCGACGGCAUCCAGUUGCGCCUCCAUGUAUCGUACCGCUUGUCGCCGUCGGAACCAGUGACAAUGUCGGUGCUGGGGCCUGUGGAUGCCACGUCAUGGACGGCCGAGUGGAUUGACUGGGAGUGUCCGCCGCUGGUCGCUACAGUGUCAUCGCCCGCUCAACUCGUCCACGUUCACGUUGAAAUCGCAUUGAAUGGGCAGCAUUUCUUGGAUGUGGGCAACCUCUUGUCGAUUUGUACUCCGUACUGCCUCCCACAAGUCCACCGUAUCUGGCCCAUCGCCGUGCCGUUCGAACAUGCGACAGAGUUGCACCUAUUUGGCCACGGCUUUGACCACAGCAGCGACAUAUUCGUGCGUGCCACAAUCCCAGGCUACACGACUCAAGUCCAAGUCUCGCGAACGCUCGUGGCGACGUUUAUCUCACCCGAACAGAUCGUCGUGGAGUGUCCAAGUGCAGCCGACUUUUCCCCUUCCCAUUCCCCUUCCCCUUCCCAUUCCCCUUCCCAUUCCCCUUCCCAUUCCCCCACCAGACAACCUUCAUCCAAGCGCCGUGCAGGCGUGGGGGGAUGGAAAGUAAUUCCCAUAUCUCUCGAAGUAGCUACGCGGCACGGCCAGUUCAGUCGGCUAUCCGUCGGGUCCCAGUAUUACUUUGCCCCUGUCACACAUCGCAUGGCUCCUCUAUCUGGGUUUACCACUGGCGGCACCGUUGUAACCUUGACCAUUCACGACUCGAUGGUGGCCAUAUAUUGUGCCUCGGCUCAAGCCAACCACACGAUCCCGUUCAUGUUUGGCAAUGUAUCUGUGUGCGGAAAUCUCUGCGACAGCGUUAUCACGUGCGUGGCGCCGCCGCUGCCGCCCGGGCACCACGCCGUGCACAUGGCGUUCAAUCAGCAAUCAUUCCAACCUGUCCAAAUACACGGCCAUCCCGUGUACUUUGAAGCAUUUCCCCCUCCCCACGUCGCCCCCCCCGACGCCGCGCACGCGUCCGUCCAGUUUGGCCCGACCUGCGGGGGCACCCCGCUGGAAAUCCAAGGUCACGGGUUCGUUGCAACGUCAGACAGUGUCACACUGGUCCAGUUUUGGUUUUCACACGAGUCAAAUGUCGUCGUGCCAGGGACGGUGGUGAACGCGCACGUGGUCACAUGUGUGACACCGCGCGUGGACCACGUCGGCCGCGCCGUUGUGCUCGUGUCAUGCAACGGCCAGCAGUUCUCCGACGCCCCCCACCACUUGACGUUUGAGUUUCACGCGCCUACAGUUGUAUCGGUCAGCGCCGCGUGCCCCCACAGCGGAUCCCUUCGCGGCGGCACUGCGAUACAGUUCCACGUUGUCUCAGGGCUGCCCCAAGACCUGUCACAUGUUGACGCCGUCGUGAACGUGGUGGAGCGGUCGAUGAUCCGCACCAUACCAGCCGCCUUUGACCGAUCUUCGCGGACUCUGUCGUUUAGCACGCCGGCGUGGCCGUACCCGGCUCAUGUGGCGUUUCACUUGUCGCUCAAUCACGGCACGUUCUUCGUACCUACGUGUAUGAGCUUCUUGUAUUACUCGCCGCCGCCGCCGAUUCGGGGCAUCUGUCCGGCCGCGGGGCCUGUGGGAGGACGUACGUGGGUGGAAGUCGAGUGCCCGGGGGUGGUCGACACGGGCGAAGUCACGUUCAAGCUGACGCCGAUACAAAGCAGCGACGAAGACCAGAACAUCCUGCAGCCCCCCGUCGUACUCGUCGUCAAGGCCGACUUUAGAAACAACGGCACUUCUGUGGGGUUUUACACCCCACAUGACCAUAUCAUACCUUGUGGGGUACUAUGUCGAGUGGAAAUGAGCUUAAAUGGCCUGGAUUACCCUGUGAUUGUGGAGGGUCCUAUAUCUGGUGCGUCAAACCAAGAUGGGAACGUCGUGGUAUUCCAGUUCUACCCGCCGCCUCGCAUCGUGGCCAUGUCGCCGCAAUGGGGCCAAGUCGAUGCCGAUACCACCAUCACGUUAUAUGGCGACCACCUUGCCGACUAUGGCGCACCGAUCCAAGUGCAGUUUACACCAUGGGGCAAUCCCAACCUUGCCGUGAUCGUGUCUGGCUCGGUCUUGUGUGACAGCAACAAUAACAAGACCAUAGAGUGCCUGCUAACCCAAGGCAGCGUAGAAGCUGGCUACUGCCGCGUCGAGCUGAGUCUGAACGGUCAGCAGUUUUCUGCGACAGAGUACCCCGACCCCCGACACGUGAGCCCCCUCCACGUCGUUUAUCGGCGGCUAUUGUUCCCUUUCCGGGUGUUUGUGCCACCUUUCUUCGUGGCCACAACGUUCGGGUCGGCUGGCGGCGGCUCCCGCGUUCUAAUAUGCGGAGGCCAUAAACUAGUGAAAUAUGUGACACGGGGCGACGGCAAGUGCCACGUCCAGCUGACCCCCGUGCGCCUGCUGGGCCAGAUGACCGCCAAACUACCCGACAAAGUCAUGGUGGCGGCCCAAGUGGACGCAACUGUCGGCACAGUGUUGUGCCGGGCGCCAACCUUUCGCGCUCCGUGUGUGGUGACCGUGGAGCUCAUAUUUGGCGACAUUCGCAAUAUCGACAGCAGCUCGGUGCACCUGGCCAAGGAGAAACUCCACCUGUACGAGCCGCCCACUAUCGCAGACGUUACGCCGUCCUGUGGCCCGCUCUGUGGCGGCUCUAUCUUGACUCUCCAAGGCAUGUCUAUCAUAGACACGAAUCAAAUCCACGUGCGGUUCCAGAGUGCAGCCAAUAAGCACGAGUUUUGUAUCGUAUCUGGCCACGUGUCCAGUACAUUGCCCAAUGGUACACCGAGCAAGACGCCUGUAAUUCUGUGCCGAUCUCCCGACAUCAUCCAACGUUUACUGGCCAGCCCCCAACUCCCUAGUACUCCUCCCUUCACUUCAUCAUCAGCAGCAGCCUCGUCGAUGGUGUCGCCCCGCAAACCCGUUUCCCGCCGCCACAAUAAACAGCGCCAAUCCAGCCCCAGUUGUUCUUCCAGGUCUCAUAGUAUCGUGGACGCAUCUCGACACCAUCGACCAGGCUAUCGGAUCACUGGACACCUCCAGCCGCCAUAUGAGACACUGGUUGCCGACCGUUCGAGUUUUGGAUGGGUCGAUGGUGACCAUCCAUAUUUAGACGUACUCGUGGACUUUAGCUUGAACGGCGGCGAACAGUUCCUCCCGCGGAGUGUGCCAUAUCGGUUCUAUAAAACUCCCGUAUCUACGGCCCAGUGGACAUUUGGGCCUGUGAAUAUUCCACUCACCAAUAUGAUGGAUACGGGGCUGGUGACGUCUGAGACUCGGCAUCGCCGCCUGGUUUUGAGCGGAGUUGGCGCGCUCUACGAGUCCAAGUGCGCGGGCGUCAAGUUCGUGGAUGAGACCUCGAAAACCCACGAAUUACUGGUUCCUUGCUCGGUCCAAGCUGGCAAUAAAAUCGUAUGCGAGUUGCCGUCGUUCCCCGUGGAAGGCAAAUAUCUCGUGUAUUUCGGUUUAAAUUCGCUCGAAUUUGAGCAAUUGCCUGGAUAUAUUCAAGUUCACCCGCCGCUGCAAAUGCUAAGUUGGUCCCCCCAGCAGUUUCCAUAUCAAGGCGGUCACUACAUGCACCUUACGUUCGCAGCGUCAGCUAUCAUCAGACAUCAGUUGCUCCAGAACGUCAACCAUCUCCGCCUAUUUCGCCGGUACUCGUCCAUUUUGCCGACACUUUCUCAGCCACAGACUCCUUCCAAGACCGCCGACGAGCCCCCUAUAUGGCGACCUCGGCGUAUACAUCGCAUUGAAUUGGUUAUUCCCCAAGGUAAUAUUCCCAAGGGAUCGCUGGUGCAUGUGACACUGCGACAUGCGACGACGGGGUGGAUUAUAACUCAGGUGCAAUUCGAAGCAGACGUCGGAAUGUGUGACGUGGAUGCGACCGACUGGGACGACGGCCAAUUGGUGGAGCUCUCAGCCCACGUCAACCCAUCGUUCAACACGUUUCGAGUGCGUUUCACAGAUAUCAAAUGUCCCACCGUUGUCAUUCUCGUCAAGUUACCGUCAAAUCCGUCCACGUAUAUCGCAGUGGGCGAGCCUUUUGACGUUGUAAACUCGUCUGGUGUGGUCAUUUGGAGUGCUAAUCCGAGCCAAAUCUGCCACGAGAUGGAAAUACCCAGCGAAGCUAAUACCCAGCAGUAUUACUAUUAUAUUCGGGCUGCUACAAGGUCACGUUCGAGUGAGUUGUCGGGGGUGGUCUUAUUGCUAAGCCACAACCAAACUAUUAUCCAUACCAACCUACCCCUCGCACAACAACUCACCACCGGAAUGUAUAUUAUCGGGGCACUGCAAUUCCAACCCCAUAAAGUCUACAUUGAGCUCGGUCUAUGGGUCCCAUCAACAACAGCAACAGGCCCCAAUGAUGCAAUGCCAAGUAUACCCCCCAUAACGUCCCUCGCCGCCCUACCCGAUGCCUACAGACGCGACUUUACCGUACAAGACAAUGGUAUACCUGAACACGACUGGCUUGUCCUUGAAUCCACUGACCCGACUACAUUGAACCUCACGGUGUGCUUUAAAUCGGGAACUCAAAUCGCAACCGUGGCUCCACUCGAGCACCUUGGAACGGCCGAUCAAAAUCACUGUACGGUACAGUGCGUGGUGCCGACGUCGUUUACGUCAGCUGGACCGGUCACGGCUUGGCUGGCACUUAACGGCAUCUGCUUCUCCGACCAAAUCACGUUAACUUCGUAUGAUCCGAGCCAAUGGACGCUCGACACGAUCGAACCUGCUUGCGGACUGCACGGCAAAUCGACACCGGUGAAGCUGCGGGGGCGUGGGUUUAUCGAGACUGGUGCAAUUCAAGUGCGAUUUGGCACGCCGACCCAUGUGAUGCAUGUGCCAGGACACAUUCGUGUGCGACAGUGUUUUCAUGUGACAGUGGUGGGGCUGGCGGUCACGGGGCGGACGUACAUGGAAGCCAAUCAUGUCAUGUUCAGUUUACUGGUGCAGUACAACGACCACGAGCCAUCUGCGACAGGGUGUCGGCGGAUGCUGCACCAUUUGAAAAAAGAUAUGGGCACGUUACUAUGGAACGAAUCACUGCAGUUUGAAGUGCUCGGGCCAGCAAUUGAGCUCACGCUGACCCUUCGUACAGCGAUAUGCGACGCGGGGGAGGACGACCGCGCCAAGCCCAAAUCCACAUUCAAAACCAUCGCGACGGGCAAAUGGAGCGUGCCUGAGCUGCAGCCAGGCUCGACCUGUCGCCACGUGGUUAGCCUAGACAGCAUCGACCGGUCUACGACUAAACGAACGGUCGAAUUAGCUGUGACACUGGGCGACCCGGUACUCGAUACGCAAACAAUUGAGGCGAAUACCCCCAUACUGCCCCACGCUAGCUCUCUGAGUGUGCAAAUUUCGAGUGGCCAGUACCAGGGAGUUCCGGGAGCCCAAUUUCACGUGUAUGAGUUGCCCUACAUUACCCAGCUUAAGCCGACGUUUCUUGCGUACACGAGUGGCGGCACUGUGAGCAUCCGGGGCUUAGGGUUCUUCGAUUCGGGUAAUAUUUCACUCAAAGCGGUCUUGUUGUCGGCAGCGUUUGACUUUGAGCACGGCCAAGACGACGCUACGGUGCAGGCCAAGUUGGACACGUUGGUGGUGCAACAAGACAAUAUGGUGGAGCUACCUGUGGUAUUUAUAAGUGCAUCUGAGCUACGGUGCGACCUCCCGCCCCAGCUCCCGUCGAGAAAUGUAGUGCUUUGUAUCAGCUUCGACAGAUAUACGUACACUACCCUCACAUCAGCCGCCAUAUUGCACACCUAUGAUAUGACCGACGUCGUGCCCAAUACUGGGCCCAUUCAAGGGCACUCGUUCCUGACCCUCCACGGCACAAACCUGUCGCUGUGUCAGGAUGUGACACCGUUAAUUCGAUUCUCAAUGUUUCGCAACCAGAAACUCAUCGAGCGCGUCUUCGUUAAUGGCGAAUUACACGCCGGCGUCUUGCACUGCUACACUCCAGCGUGUCGACUGGGCUUGGAUAAGCUCCACGUGACGCUGGAUGUGUCGUUGGGAGGGCCAGAAGCGACGUAUUCGAGUGACAAUAUACCGUUUAUGUACUACAAAGUGCCAGUUUUGCGCAGUUUGAGCCCGACACUGCACCUUGUGCCGGGCGCCACGGAUGUGAUGGUGCACACUGUCGAAAGCUGGGAAAAUUCAUCGCACCAGCUGAAUCUAGCCGAUCGAACGUGCCGGUUCCGGAUGAAAGGCCAAGCCCAAGUAACCCACACAGUCGACGUUGGCAGUGGCAUCCUUCGAUGUCGCUUGCCUCGGUUUACAGUUCCAGUAGCAACACCCCAACUCCUUCCAGGAACAGUCAAGGACGACCCACUGGUGCCCAAACUAUGGGUUCGCAACAGCGGUCUAUUUGUGACAGUUCUCGGUGCUCGUAAUUUGAAGUUGCUGAGCAACGGCAGUAAUACCCACUCGGCGCUGUGUCCUGUGGUGCUAUUAAGCUUGGAAGGCCAGCAUUUGCGCAGCGCCGCCAAGGAAGUUAGCAGUCACCCCGUGUUUAACCAGCAAUUUGACUUUGAUUUAUGCGGGGACGAAGGCCACACCCACGGCGACUUGGUAUUAACAGUCGAGCACGAAGUCAAGUCAUUACGCAACGAAGUGCUGGGCAACGUCAUAUUUCCCCUUGCAGAUGUUCACCACACAGUGCUACUGCGGGCGUGGUUCCCCCUCCAGCCGCCGGCAACCGAAACUCUGUCGCAGAUACGGACCACCCGCCAUCUGGACAUGGCCGAAAAAAGUACUACUCCCCCAGCCAAUUCUUCGGCAAAUAUAUUUCCUCGGGGGGAAAUUGAGCUAUUUAUUCACUUUGAACCGAUGGUACUUAAGCGGGAGACCACCGUACGAGAGUCAGCUUUACGGGGAAAGCUGCGCUCGGUGAUGAAAAAGACUAUAGACGCCGAAGCAAUUGCCAAGCGGGUGCUCGUGAAACCCACAUCGCCCGACGAGAGAAAACGCUCCAUAUUGACCAAAACGCCGACGAUUUCAAAGCUAUAUGACCAAGAGCCAUACGUUAUUCCCAAUGAAAUCGUCGUCGACGUGGCGUUGAACGGCCAAGACUAUUUGUCGCAGUGUCCUAUCUCAUAUUUCAUCCAGCCAUUGCCAGUGAUUGAAAGCAUCGCGCCCAAGUGUAUUCCAUCGCGAGGAGGAAGUCGGCUCACCAUUCACGGCUACAACUUUGUCGACACCAAGUGCAUUCGCAUUGCAUUUCUCUGGGGCGUGGAGCAUUAUGCCGCGUUGAAGCAGUCGUUUCGUAUUGAAACCGAUGUAUUUGCGUCGGUGCCAGUAACCGUCGUGGAGGCCAAAUUUGAGUCGCCGACUAUGCUGUACUGCGUGACUCCACCUACGAAACCCAUGCCCAAGCCCUGUUUUUCGCUGCUGGUUGCUUUGAAUGGCUUGGAUUUCAACAGCAUUUUCCUGCCUCCGCUGCACGAAGGAGCGCCCAGUUCAGUUUUAUGGAGCCCAGACUUAUGGAACUCGUACCAAAUCAAGGAAAUAACUGCAGAUCUGCCCAUGCUCGAGUGCAAGGUAUACGAGGCGCCAGUGGUGCAUUCAGUCCAAUCUGCCAACGCCAUAUACACGACCAAGCUGGUGUUUCGGGGCGAGAAUUUUGGCUCAGCUGACGCGCCCAAAGCUUUAUUUGUGCAUGUGCCAGCGAAAGAUCAAGUGAAAAUGGAGGAUGCUGUCAUGACGUUGUCUAUCGUGUCAUCCAUGCAGAUGGAGUGCUGGUCACCUGAUUUUCCACCAGGUUCGAUGGUGCUGAUUCGCAUUGCGAUGAACGGACACGACUUUAUCGAGAUGCCGGGAACGCUUCGGAUUUGCAAUGCCCCAAAAAUCACAAGUCUCGAGCCGUCCUGGGUGUUUGCUGCUGGGUGCCCGCCUCUUCGCAUCGUCGGGUCCAAUUUUGUCGAAACGGGCAACAUCAUGGUGUCAUUUACACCCGACAUAGCGUCGACCACGAGCCCGAUUAUCCUCGUGAGAGGGUGGUACAAGGACGGAGCUAUUCACUGCAGCGUCCCCACCGUCCCCACUACUGACGACACACCUUGUUCUGGCUUUAGCGUGGACGUGUCUAUCGGCACAAACAGCGUCACAGAGUACACGGGGCACGCCCACCGUCUGCAGCUGUACCACCACGCCCCAGUGUGCACUCAAAUUAGUCCAGCGGACGGUCCGAUCUGGGGCGGCACCACCCUCACAUUGCGCGGCCGGCACUUUAUAGACACCAAUACAUUAACUGUGCGUUUUACCCUGCUCCAGUUUACGGCUUCCAAGUGGCAGAUGGUUCCAGAGGACUUUAUAGUUCAAGCGACCUUCGAUUCUGCGGACCUCUUGACAUGUGUGUCGCCUCUGAUGCCUGCAGAAGGCCCCGUGGCCAUCCAAGUGAGCAUCAAUGGCCACGAUUUCAGCGACGUAACCGACACGACGUGGUUUGUGACGUGGCGGACGUGGCAGACGCGCAUCUGUAUCAUCAAACAGAGCAUGCAUCACGACGGUGGCGCCCGGCUGGCGUGGCAAAAAUAUUUUGAGCUAAAACAUGUGCCUAAAUUAAACUUUUACGGCGGACGAGUGAAAACAACCAGUUUGAAAAUCCAAGAGACCCACCACCCCCCAGUCAAACCCACUCCUCCGAAACGGUUGGACAACUUGCCAGAACUUGUACGCGACUUUGCCGCCAAGCCGCCGACCUCCACGGACUUCGACGACGAAUCAGACGCCAAUCCCGAGUCGGAGCUAUAUAUUCCGCCCAAUAUUGUAUGGCCACAAGAUGCGCUUCACAAUUCAAAACCUUGUAUUGGACUCGUGGCCCGUCUACGGCAGCUAUACCAAGCGCCAUCCACCCAAGUAGAGAUUUACUCUCGACUCAUCUCUAUGUUUGACAACGCUGCCCUUCUCAAUGCCAAGUACACCACCCAUACACCCAUAAACAGCCCUUCGCCUCCCGACUCGAUGCAUCGCCGCGUGUCCUUCCCGCCGCUCCGACGGCCCGCCGCCGCCUCCAUUGACCUCAGCAAGCUGCAGCGCCAACGCCUCGGGUUGUGUUGCCUUGGGCUGGCCGAAGGUAUCCGGUGGAUUUUUCCGGAUGCGACCCAAGCCGACGUGGUCGAGUUGUGGGUAUUUUUAGAUCCAGAUAAAACUGGCGCCGUAAGCUUGGACACUGUGUGCAGUCGGCUACAGGCCGACCCCCGGCCGCCCAGUCCAGAGCCCGGACCAGGUCACUACAACCCCCAACCGGAGCAUAAUCAUCACAUUCCGACCUUCAAUAUGAUCGAAGCGGCAACUUCCCCUCGGUCAGAGACCCCCCCCUAUCCGUUUAUGGACGUGGGGCUGGCUCGAGAUGCGCUGCACCCAACCUCCCCCCGCCAUACAUUUGCCCAUCGCGACAAUAUCAAAGCCCAGUGGUGUGAUCCACUGUACAAGGGCCCAGGAUCUGAACUCGCCAAGCCCAACCUUCAUCUUGACUUGAACGUUCUAUCCACCACUCGUCGUACCCCCGAUACCAAAUUCCCCCAGCUCAUAACCGACGAUGCCAAGCAAACUACAGAUGACGGCAAAGCCAAGAUGGCGUCCUCCCGCAGACCAACUAGUACCGCGGUGAAGUUUUCGAAGCUGCGCAAAGGCAAGAUGAAUGCCGCCCAGCUCAAGCGAAGAUCGACCAAUGUAUUUGGCAAACCUACCGAUACACUGCGUAAAGUAUCGCGCGUGGUGGGGUUUGUAGCGCGGAAGAACGCCGCGCAGACGUCCGUGGCCAUCUCCAAGCAAUAUAAAGAUGUGAAACCAGUCUACCUAGACAUCCUACGGCCCCUCGAUGAUGCGUAGUACAUGUUGUCGUGACUAAUGUAGAGUAUAAUGUUCAGUUCUAUGGUGAGCAGACC